CAGGUUGAGGCCCACAAGGAGGAAUUCGCGAGGUUAGAAACGACGUCGACGACAUGCAUCACCCAGCUAGAAGCUGCCUUGGAAGUAGAGAGGAACAAGCUGAAGGAGUACGAGUUGCUCGAAGUUGACUUGGACGGGGCUGUUCUGCAAGAAGUGAUGACCACGUUUGGAGCGAUCCCCACAACAACCAAGAGACGGUUUCAGCAGAGUGUGCUGCUCGCCCAGCGAGUUGUAAAGUCGCAGCGAGAGGCGAUCGCGCUCGAGCAGACGCUCACCGAGGUGUCCAACGAGCGCGGAAAGUUACAGCAAGACGUCGUCGAACUCAAGACCAAGCUCGCAACCUUCCACCAGCCACAGUCAUAUUUGAUCGACAAGCUCACACGGCGAGAACAGGAGCUGCAGGGUGCAACGCGGAGGCACCAGGACUCCCAAGCCCAACUGCAGCAGCUGAGGGCUGAGUACCGACAACUCCAGGAAGCCAACUCGUCGCUGCAGAGCCAACUCCAGCAACUUUUGUCGCGACGCGGGGACCUCGACGCACUGAAAGCCACCCGAACGAUAUCUCCACCGCCAUCGAUCGUGUCCAAGAUGACUCAGCCACCGACUCCACUAGGACAGAAGGACGACUUGGACGCUGGGCGAUCGGCGUCCGAAGCUUCAAGCGCGUCGUCGAGUAUCUCGAGCGCCCCCAGGUGGUACACGAAGCUCCGAGGUCCCGCUCAGCACCAACAAGCUCAAUAA